GGUCUGCUGCACCAGGAGGCCACCACCAGCUGGGGAUCCAUAGCAACCGUGGAUAAACAUGAGUUACUACAGCAUAAGGAGCUUGCACCAUUGUCCUUGGAGACGGCACCGCAGCUUGCUAGAAAAUACAAUAUUGGGGCCUAUGAGGGGGGCAAUCUCGGCAACAUCACUCUGCACGGUCACCACCAAAUAAGUCUCCCCAAACGGAAGAAGUGACAGGAUGAACAACGUCAACAAAAGCAGACCCUCCAGCUCCGCCAGCUUCUCCUCUACCUCAUCAGCAAGUGCCCUUGAUGAUGACAGCACCAGCCUCAGGCAGCAGAAGCUGGAAAAGCAGAGGGCGCUGUUGGAGCAGAAGCAGCGGCGGAAGCGGCAGGAGCCUCUGAUGGUGCAGCCCAACCCAGAGGCCCGGCCCAGGCGCUCCAGGCCCCGGCGCAGUGAGGAGCAGGCCCCGCUGGUGGAGUCACGCCUCAGCAUCACCAGCGAUGUCAUCAUGGACGGUAUCGACGGCCCUGCUGCCUUCAUGGGCUCUGAGGCCCCAGACCUGGGUAACAAGAUCCAGAUUCUGUCGGUGAGCCAGUCCCAGCCCCUGUCUCUGUCCCAGCCGCUGCCCCAGUCUCCCCCCGCCGAGGAGCCAGACCGGGACGGGGACACAGAGACUCUGCUGGAGCCCAAGACGGAUAUCCACGAGCUGCUGCAGAAACGAGGUCUGUCAGGCAGUAUGAACUACGAAGAGGCCAGUGAGGAAGAUGGUGAUGAAGACCGGACCCGCUCGCUGUCCCCCAACACAGAGUCAACCCGGCCUGCGUCUGCCUCCAGCACCAAGUCCAACACAGAGUACGUGACAACGGGGUCGCCCACGGCGGAGAGCGCCCUGAUCGAAGUGGACAACCCGGAGCAGUUUGUGGUCCGUCCCGCCCCCCGCGGCGUCACCGUCAAGUGCCGCAUAACCCGGGACAAGAAGGGAAUGGACCGCGGCCUGUACCCCACCUACUUUAUGCACCUGGAGAGAGAGGACGGCAGGAAGCUGUUUCUGCUGGCUGGGAGGAAGAGGAAAAAGAGCAAGACGUCCAACUACCUGAUCUCAGUGGACGCCACGGACCUGUCACGCGAGGGAGAGAGCUUCAUGGGGAAACUGAGGUCCAACCUGAUGGGGACCAAGUUCACGGUGUAUGACCACGGCACCAACCCCUGUAAGAACCCUGGAGCUCUGCUGGAGGAGAGCAACACACGACAGGAACUCGCAGCCAUCUGCUAUGAGACCAACGUUCUGGGGUUCAAAGGUCCCCGCAAGAUGACCGUCAUCAUCCCAGGCAUGAACAUUAACUUUGAGAGGGUCCCCGUCCGCCCAAACAGCGAGCAGGAGAGCCUUCUAAGUAAGUGGCAGAACCACUCACUGGAGAACCUGAUCGAGCUGCACAACAAGGCCCCCGUGUGGAAUGACGACACCCAGUCCUACGUGCUCAAUUUCCACGGCCGCGUGACACAGGCCUCCGUCAAGAACUUUCAGAUCGUCCACGACAACGACCCGGACUACAUCGUGAUGCAGUUUGGCAGAGUGGCCGAGGACGUAUUCACCUUAGACUACAACUACCCCAUGUGUGCCCUGCAAGCCUUCGCUAUUGGCCUGUCCAGUUUCGACAGCAAACUGGCCUGCGAGUGACCAACCCCAUCACGACUCCUAACUCGCCAUUCCCUCCAUGGCCUUUUCAACCCACUCCCUCCCCCUCCAGGACAAUGUCAACUCCACAACACCCGCCACUCCACCUCCCCCCUCACAGGACUCAGCGCCUUCCUUGUACAGUCAGCGGUCAGCUCACCAGCAGUCUGCCACUAUGGAAAUAAUCAUGAACUAUGACCUCUCACCCCUAUGUGGUACGUCCAAUCACGGCACCCGAAUCACGCUGACUUGGAGAGCGGAUGAAGAGAGUGGGUGUGUGAGAGAGAGAGAGAGAGAGAGAGAGAGAGAGA